GUCAAAAACGUCACUACGCCGGAAGUGUUUGUUGGAAAGAUUAAAAUCCUCUUGAGUGACAGCAGCGGUUUGGUACAUUGUAUUUUUUUCUUUCUGUAGGGAUGGAGGUGACACGAACAAAUUUCAAAGACAGUUUAAGCACUGUGUACAGCGCAAUAGAGGAAGCAGACUUUCUCGCAAUCGAUGGGGAAUUUUCAGGUAUUAGCGAUGGGCCCAACGUCAGCGCACUGACUAACGGGUUGGACACUCCAGAGGAGCGCUACAUGAAGCUAAAAAAGAAUUCCAUGGACUUCUUGCUGUUUCAGUUUGGACUGUGUACGUUCACAUAUGACCAGGCGGAGUCCAAGUACGUCAUAAAGACUUUUAAUUUUUAUAUAUUCCCAAAGCCAUUCAACAGAACCUCACCAGACACGAAGUUCAUCUGCCAGAGUUCCAGCAUAGACUUCCUGGCCAGUCAGGGUUUUGACUUCAACAAAGUGUUCCGUCACGGGAUCCCGUACCUGAACCAAGAAGAGGAAGUGCAGCUGCGGGAGCAGUAUGAGGAGAGGCGGAGUCAGAGUAACGGAUCAGGAAACCCCUCCUACAUCUCCCCCAACUCAAACAAAGGCCCCGGCAGCAUCCCCGAGGAGCACAGGGAGUACAUCGGACGAGUGGUGUAAGGAAGGUGGAAUCUUCUGUUACCUACCUCAGAGAAGACUGUGGACCUGGAGCCCUGCACUGGGUUUCAGAGGAAGCUGAUCUAUCAAGACACUAACUCCAAGAAGUUCCCAAAGGGCCUUCAUGUUGAGACCUUGGAGACAGAGAAGAAAGAGCGUUACAUCCAGAUCAGCAAGGUGGACGACGAGGAGCGGAAGAGGAGAGAACGGCAGAAACAAGAGAGAGAACAGCUGAAUGACGCUGUGGGAUUCCUCAGGGUCAUACACGCCAUCUCCAAAUUGUGAGGAAAGUUGGUGGUUGGCCACAACAUGCUGGACGUCAUGCACACCAUCCAUCAGUUCUACUGCUCUUUUCUUUCUUCCCCCACAGGACCGAAUGACUUUAAAGAAGUCACUCAGUGUGUCUUCCCAAGGCUGUUGGACACCAAGCUCAUGGCCACUACGCAACCUUUCAAGGAGUUGAUCAACAUCACAUCUCUAGCAGAGCUGCAGAAACAGCUGAAAGAGAGCCCCUUCAAAUCUCCGAAAGUUGUAACGGCGGAGGGGUUCCCCAGCUACGAUACAGCCCAGGAACAGCUCCACGAGGCGGGCUACGAUGCCUAUAUCACUGGCCUCUGCUUCAUCUCCAUGGCCAACUACCUAGGUACUUUCCUGACUCCCCCAGAGCCACAUCCCAUCCCAAUCUUAAACUCAUCCAAACCCUCGCAACAA